AUGAGCCAGCCAGAGAGCGACAACUGCUCGUUCUCUUCCGUGGAUAAGCUGACCAGUACCUUGCAGCUGGCAGUCCACAUCCCCACCUUCCUCCUUGGCCUGGCCCUCAACCUACUGGCCAUCCGAGGCUUCAGUGCCUUCCUGAAGAGGAGGCAGCUGGAGUACAUCGCCACUUCUAUCUACAUGAUCAACUUGGCUGUCUUCGACUUACUGCUGGUGCUCUCCCUCCCAUUCAAGAUGGCCCUGCAACAAGUGGAGAACCCCUUGCCGGCAUUCUGCACUCUGGGGGAGUGCCUCUACUUCAUCAGCAUGUAUGGGAGUGUCUUUACCAUCUGCUUCAUCAGCCUGGACAGGUUCCUGGCCAUCCAGUACCCGAUCCUGGCCAACCACCUCCGGUCGCCCAGGAAGACCUUUGGGAUCUGCUGUAUCAUCUGGAUGCUGGUAUGGAUUGGAAGCAUCCCCAUCUACACUUUCCACAGGGAAGUGAAGAGAUACAAGUGCUUCCACAACAUGUCUGACGGCACCUGGAGUGCCAGGGUCUUCUUCCCCCUGGAGAUCUUUGGCUUCCUCCUUCCCAUGGCCAUCAUGGGCUUCUGUUCCUACAGGAGUAUUCACAUCCUGCUGCGCCGUCCAGACAACACUAAGGACUGGGUCCAAAAGAGAGCCUGCAUCUGGACCAUUGCUACCAAUCUUGUCGUCUUUGUGGUCUCCUUUCUCCCAGUGCACCUGGGCUUCUUCCUGCAGUAUCUGGUGAGGAACCGCUUUAUCUUGGAUUGCAGAAUGAUGCAGGGCAUCAGCUUGUUUGUGCAGUUGUCUAUGUAUUUCUCCAACAUCAACUGCUGCCUUGAUGUUUUCUGUUACUACUUUGUCAUCAAAGAAUUUCGUAUGAGCAUCAGAGCCCACCGGCCCUCCACAGUCCAGCUGGUCAACCAGGAUACCAUGGUCUCCAGGGGUUAA